UCUGCGUAGGGAGGGCUACACGGUGCAGGUGAAUGUGAACGACUAUCUGGACAUCUACUGUCCCCACUACAAUGACAGCCAGCGCGUGGUGGGCACCGGGGAGCAGUACAUCCUCUACAUGGUCAGUUACCGUGGUUACAGGACCUGUGACCCCCAGCUGGGCUUCAAGAGGUGGGAGUGUAACCGCCCCCACGCACCAAUCAAAUUCUCAGAGAAGUUCCAGCGCUACAGCGCCUUCUCCCUGGGCUACGAGUUCCACGUGGGCCAGGAGUAUUACUACAUCUCUACACCCACUCAUCACCACGGUCGCAGCUGCCUCAGACUGAGAGUUUAUGUCUGCUGCUCCACAGAUACUUUCAGCACUUUGAUUCCAUGUAGUUCAACGAGCCAGUCCUCUCUCUCUCGCUCUCUCUCUCUCUCGUCCUCUACUCGUCUUCUCUCUCAUCUCACUCUCUCUAUUCUCUCCCUCUCU